UGAGCCACUGCUUUCAGUGAUCAGUAAUAAGGACCGGUGAAGUAUUGUACAGUAUGUCAGGAUUCAUACGUGCCUCGCUGUGACAAAAGUAAGCCGGGACAACACUGAUAUCACCAAAGACCUGGAUCGGGAAUCAAGCGUGCUCUUGCUGCUUCAACAAGUAAUUGGGUCAGGGGACCUUUGACCUGAAAUGUAAAGCUUGACCUUGUCCAUGUCAGGUGAGACAGAGCCAAAGCCCUACCUGUACAGGGGCGAGUCUGAGUCCCCGUGUGGCUCCAUGUCUCACCUGCACCACAUGGGCGUGGCCUCUGAGGGGAGUGACAGCAGUCACGACCCACCCACUUCUCCGAGGCCUCAAACACAGAUGCAUGAGGACAUGGAGAUGGGCGGAAGUGGCUCUAGUGGAAGUGGCACAGAAUCUCACAGUAACGAGUCCCACAGUAAUGAAUCACAUGGAAAUGAGUCUGUGGGGAGUUCCAGUGGAAACGGAAAAGAUUCUGCAAUCGUGGCAUCAUCCAGGAGUAACAAGAGCUCAAACUCUCAAAGUCUUUCACCUCCCAGUAGCAACAAUGCAUUCAGCUUGGUCAGUUCAGAGCAAGACAACCCAUCAACCAGCGGCUGCAGUAGUGAACAGUCAGCAAAGGCUAAGACUCAGAAGGAGCUUUUUAAGACCUUAAAAGAGCUGAAAUAUCACCUCCCUCAUGACAAACGCAGCAAGGGCUGGGCAAGCACACUUCACACUCUCAGAUAUGCACUGCGCUGCGUCAAACAAGUCAAAGCCAAUGAAGAGUACUAUCAGAUGCUUAUGAUCAAUGACAGUCAGCCCUCAGGUCUGGACGUAUCCUCAUAUACUAUUGAAGAAAUCAAUAGUAUUACCUCAGAAUAUACCCUCAAAAAUGCUGAUAUUUUUGCAGUUGUGGUGUCCUUGAUCACAGGAAAGAUCGUGUACAUUUCGGAACAGGCUGCAGGGAUCUUGAACUGCAGAAAAGAUGAGUUGAAAGACAGAAAGUUUGUGGAGUUUCUGACACCUCGUGAUGUCAGUGUGUUCUACAGUUUUACAACACCAUACAGACUUCCAUCUUGGAGCAUGUGCACCGGAACAGAGUCAUCAUCGACUGAGUUCAUGCAGGAGAAAUCCUUCUUCUGUCGAAUCAGUGGUGGUAAAGAGAAGGAAGGAGAUCUGCAGUACUAUCCAUUCAGGAUGACCCCAUAUUUAAUGAAGGUUGAAGACUCAGAGCUCUCUGAGGAACAUUUCUGCUGCCUCAUUUUGGCUGAGAGAGUUCACUCUGGAUAUGAAGCACCAAGAAUUCCACCUGAUAAGAGAAUCUUCACCACAACACACACGCCAAACUGUGUGUUUCAAGAUGUUGAUGAAAGGGCAGUGCCUCUGUUAGGAUUUCUGCCAGGGACACCUCUUCUGUUACACCUGCAUCCCAGUGACAGACCUAUAAUGCUGGAUGUGCACCAGAAAAUUCUGCAGUAUGUUGGGCAGCCAUUUGAUCACUCCUCGAUCCGAUUCUGUGUGAGAAAUGGAGAAUAUGUUACUCUAGACACAAGCUGGUGUAGCUUUGUAAACCCAUGUAGCCGCAAGGUGUCCUUUGUUAUUGGACGACACAAAGUUCGCAUGGGUCCAAUGAAUGAGGAUGUGUUUUCAGCUCUGGCUUUUACAGUGGAAAAGAUCAUGGAUUCAGAUAUACAGGAAAUUACUGAACAGGUUCACAGACUGCUUCUACAGCCGGUCCACAGUAUGGGGUCCAGUGGUUAUGGCAGUCAUGGCAGUAAUGGUUCUCAUGAGCACCUGUUGAGCAUAGCGUCCUCUAGUGACAGUAAUGGAAAUGGAAACACAGCAAACAGUGGGAGCAGGAUCAACGGAAAUACAGAAAGGAAAAGGGCAAGAGCAAAACCAGGUCAUUUCAGGAGAUUUGUAAAGGGGUUCACAUGAUGAAAGCUCAGGAACAGCAAGGCUCCUCUUCAAAAGCAGAACAGAAAAACACAGGGUUCAGGUCUCCUGUUGUAAAGCAGAAAGACUCUGC